AUGGCUACUGCAGAGAAUUCUGCAGAAAAAAGCUAUUUCAAAGCCAACUCUCCAGGAGGCAGAUCAACCCCGAGUCAAUCAAAGGGAAGAAGCUUCUUCAUGGCUCAAAUCACCCUAAGAUCUUUAGCCAUUGCUUUCACAGUCACUGCCAUCCCUAUAAUGGUUACUGCAGAGCAGCCAGUCUCUCUUCUCGGGAUGAACUUUACUCCACGUUACAGCCAAAGUUCUGCCAUGAAGUUUUUGCUUGGUGCAGAUGCAACUGUGUGUGCCUUUUCUGUGCUGUCACUACUCUUUGUUGGGCUUCUAAGCCGCUCUGGAUCACAGCCUAUCAAUUAUUUUUUUCUAUAUUUGCAUGAUAUGGGAGGGAGGGAGUAG